AAGCUAGCAGCCAAAAUAACUAGGUCAACUAGAUGCCCGACUACAUGUUACUUACCAUUCACUUGACUAUAAAAGCCCAAGAAUGGAGAACAAAAAAGCAUCAGUUGUUUACCAAACUAACAUUGUACAACAUGAAGCUGUUCUUCGUCGCCGCAUUCUUGGCUGUUGCUGCCGCCGUACCAUCCAGCUUCAAACCGGAAUACAAAGCUACCAGUUAUCCAGCCCCAAGCUACCCCGCUCCAAAGUACCCUACUCCUAGCUACCCAGCACCAGCCUACACCGCGCCCGCCUACCCCGCACCAGCUUACUCCGCACCAGCCUACAAGGAUAACAAGUACGCUGCCAUUACCGUCACCAGCCAAUCUGAUGAACGCAACAUCGAUGGCAGUAGCCAAUGGAGCUACGCCCAGUCUGAUUACACCACCCGUGAAGAGUCUCAGGUCCAGAAGAAGAUGCAAGGAGUCACCUAUGAUUCUUAUGGAAAAGAAUCUUACGGCGAAGUCCUUGGCAACACCAACAAAGGAUCUUCUUACUGGAUUUCUCCUGAGGGUCAGAAGUUCACUCUCACUUGGGCCGCUGAUGAAGCCGGAUUUCAACCCAAAGGUGAUCACUUGCCCGUCGCUCCCGUCCACGAAUACGAACUGCCUGUCCACAUCCCUUUCAACGGUAAAGGCUACAAGAUCUACUAAAUUAAUGAAACUCUCAAUUGAAUAAAUAAUUUAAAGCCAUGUACUUCAUCUAUGAAAGCCGAUACCAUCUAGUAAACGUGAUUGUUUGAAAUUUAAUGUAGUUCUUUAUGAAAUUGAGUUGUUGCGUCGAUGUUGGGUGCUCGGCGUUGAUUUGCUGUGGAAGAGUAUUGCGAUGCGACUGAAUGAUGUGUAGGUACAUCGUGAUGUGAAAUGCUGGAUAUUGAUUGAGAACGGACUGAGGGAUAAGCACUUAAGAAAAUGUCUAAGACAGUAAUCAGUCCAAAUUAUUUUUCAAGUUUCAUCAUUCGGAUUCACAAUAAAAAUUUUACAUGAG